AUGGAGAGAUCCGCUCUCCUGCCGUAAACCGGUGGCUCUCGCCUGAGCGCCGCUUCUCCUCCUCCUGAGACUGUCCUGGUCGUCAUGGGCUGCUGCGGAGUCCUGUGGAGGCUGUGAGGAGACGCGGACGGACGGCUGGCGCCGAGACCGAGCCGACAUGUGUUGAUUCGUCCAACUAUGGCGAACUGAUAACAGGUAUGUCCCCAGCCGGUGAGCGUGACGUGAUGGAGGUGGGCAGCCUCCCCGUGGAGCUGUGGAGGGUGAUCCUGGCGUACCUGCCCCUGCCGGACCUGGGCCGCUGCUGCCAGGUGUGCCGCGCCUGGCGGGAGCUCGUCCUCUCCCUGGACAACACCCGCUGGAGGCAGCUCUGCCUCGGCUGCCCCGAGUGCCGCCACCCCAACUGGCCCAGCCAGCCCCAGCGCGAGCCCCCGUCGUGGAGGGAGGCCCUGAAGCAGCACGCCCUCGCCACCCGCACCUGGACCCGAAACCUGCCGGAGCUCCAGUCCUCCGCCUGCCUCCUCUUCCUCCGUCGCCGUAAAGAUCGCAGGGUUUGGCACGUGGGAUCCGGGUGCGAGUUUGAGACCUUGCGCGGGGCCCUCGGCGUGGUCGGGCCGUACGAUCGCGUGGUUCUCCACCCGGGAGUGUACGAGGAGCAGGCGGAGGUGGCGCUGAAGGUCCCCGUGGAGCUGGUGGGCGUGGGCCGGCUAGGCGAGGUGGCCCUGCUGGUGUGUAUGGAGCAGCAGUGCCCCACUGCCCGGCUGUGUAACCUGGUAUUCAUGCCGACCUGGUUCUCCACCGUCGUCUACAAGACGUCAUGGGGUCACAUUCAACUGGACAACUGCAAUUUUGAAGGAGCCCAGCUGCAAGUCAGAGGUCCUGGAACCUGCCAGGCUCGUUUUUGCUCCUUCUCACAAGGCAGCUCUGCCCACUUGCUCGGCGUCGCCCUCAGUCUGUUCGACAGCUGCGACUUCUCGGGGAGCGACACGGCCUCGGUCACCGUGGAAGGUCCCUCGGUGUCGGAAAGGAACUGGGCCUGUAAGUACUUGGCUGCGCUGGCCAGGACGUUCCCACCCGGUUUUGGUAGCUCUCCCAACAGCCCUCAGGCCGCUUCCACCGGUGAGCAACACCCUGCUGGCAGGAAUGUCAGAAAGGACCAUGUGAACAUGGAGGACUGGAAAAGGAGGACAGGUGGAGACGCAGUGUGUCACGGCACAGUUAUUGAAGACGGCUGGAGCGACGGGGAUCGCAGCGAGGAAGAAGAUGAGAACCGGGACGGAACUAACGACACUAAAAAAACAUUUACAUUGGUUUACAAAAUCCCGUGUGAGCAUCACGGCCUGUCACAUUUGCUCAAGCCCCGGACAGAUGGAUCCCUGCCUCCCGCCUCGUCCCCCGCCCCUCCCUCCGUAACCCCUGAACCUCUCACCUUCCAGCAGGAACUAGACAGGGACCCGGAGGCGCAGAUUCUGGCAGCGUCGACCCACGGCUGCAUUCUCAGACGUUGCCUCUUCAGAGAUGGGAAGGGUGGCGUACAUCUGUCAAACUAUGGACAAGCACGACUGGAGGAAAAUGUGUUCCGGGGACUAAACUACGCUGUGCGCUGCAUCCAGAACUCUACGAUCGUGAUGCUAAGAAACGAGGUCUGUGAGUGCCGUGCAUCAGGCGUGUUUCUCCGCCUAUCUGCUCAGGGUCUCAUUGCAGAAAACAACAUCCACUCCAACGGGGAGGCGGGUCUGGAUAUCCGGAAAGGGGCCAACCCAACCAUUCUGUGUAACAAAAUUCAUAGUGGUCUGCGCUCUGGGGUUGUUGUCCUUGGCAAUGGGAGAGGCUCCAUUCGGAGCAACCUGAUCUACAACAACAAGGAAGCUGGUGUGUAUAUCCUCUUCAGCGGGAAUCCUGUGGUGAGUGGGAAUCAAAUCUUCCAAGGUCAGGCAGCGGGGAUAGCUAUAAACGAGAAUGGCAGGGGGAUGAUCAAAGAAAACGUGAUAAGAGAGAACCAGUGGGGGGGUGUGGACAUCCGCAGAGGAGGUGACCCCAUACUGAAGAACAACCACAUCUGUUACGGCUACUCGGAUGGCGUUGUGGUGGGGGAGAGAGGACGUGGACUUAUUGAGGGAAACCAUGUUUACUGUAACAAAGGCUGUGGCGUAUGGGUUAUGUCGUCCAGCCUCCCGCAGCUCUUGGGGAACUACAUCACCCAUAAUUGUAUGUAUGGGCUGGCAGUUUUCUGCAGGAAGGACCCGGAGAACAUCGAGGCCAGGGAGGGAAAUUGGCCUGGACAGGAAGGAAUUGGUGGAGAUGGCAGCGGCGAAAGGAGGGGGGUUGAAGGAGAAGGAAGAGAGGGGCAGGAGAACUUUAAUGAAGAGGGUGAGCUGUUUGCAUGGGAGAGCGAUCUGGACAGCGAGGAUGAGCGGCACUCUGCUCGCCGCUCUAUCAGCGUGGCCCUGGUGGAGAGCAACUGCGUGAGCUACAAUGGAGCGGUUGGUCUGUAUGUGAAGAGCAGUGAGGCCAUGAAUGUCUUUGCCAACCUUGUAAACAACAACCGGGGCCCGGGCAUCGCUGUGCUGCAGAGCAGUCAGCUGACCCGACUCGCCACAAACUGCAUCCUUGACAACGAACGGGGCGGCGUCACGGUGGAGAAAGACUGCAGGGUGGAGCUUCGUGGGAAUGGCAUCUAUGAAAACAGCGGCUUUGGCGUGAGGUUCAUUGGCAGCGGGCAGAUAGUGGAGAAUGACGUUGUUGGUAACCAAGGAUAUGGGAUCCAGGUCUCUGCAAGCCCGGAUAUUAAGAUAAUGCGCAACCGUGUUCAACCAACACAAGGCUGUGGUAUCGCGCUGUUGGGGCCAGUAAAAGGCGUUGUCCAUGACAACAUCUUAUUCCAGGGUCACCCGGGGAACAAGAAAAUCCUCCUACACAUGGACCCCGACAUUGAGAGCUGUGUGCUUCGCAAUAACAGUUUUCUAAGGCAUAAUAACAGCUGUACACCAGGGCCGUCAUGGAUCCUAGAAAACCCUCCUCCUCGCCCACUGGCCACCUCUCCUGCGGGCAUCUCUUCCUCCCAGUAUCCGUCUGGACUGGGAAUUUCCAUGAGCACCAGGGUUGGCGCUACGGUGGAAAGUGGUUGCCACAAUGGCAGCAUGUUCUGCUCCAUCUUGUGAAUACUGACACAAAUCUUUUUCAAAUCAAUGCGAAUGGAAUCCACUGGCAAGAGGUCCACAUCUGGUCACCUUUCCAAGAGUGGAACAAUCUAACUAGUGCAAUAAACCAUUAAGACUUCAAAGGACACCAGUUGUAGAAUUAAGAGCCCAUCCAUCCCGUAAGGAUGGCUCGACAUUUUGAAAAUCUGUAAUUGUGCUUUUAAAAGAAUCUUAUGAACAAAUGCCAAUGUACUUGCAAAAUACUAGCUGUUGAAGCUUGAACAUAACUCCUUCAAACCUUUUUAUCAUCUUUGACAUGAAUUUCACUGAAGCUUUUUUUUUUUUUUUUUUUUAACUGUCAUCUUCGUUGUUUUUGUCAGUUUGCUUCUGGGACUCCGGUUAGGAAAUGCACAUUUAGAAGUCCUAACGGGAGUCAGAGGCCUCGGAGAUCCUUCACCUUCAGCUGUGAUACAAAGUAAAGUAAAGCUGUGCCUUGUUUGUCUUUUAAAAAAAAAAAAACAAUCAGAUUGUAGCUAUGGAACCAAGUGUUCAUAAUAUGAGGUGUAUAUGCAAAAGAAAAAAGAGCCAAAAUUAGUCUUCUGACUCUUGCACAGAGAUGUUCUUUCCUGGUAGAUCUGUGGUGUUUUGAUUAUGUCCUGUAUGAGGUUCAGCUUUUCUUUGGUGUCAAACAUCACUGGGACAAGUUACUGUCAACAUAACCACUCGGCCGGUAACAACGAGAGAGAGAAGGAAAAAGUUUAGUGUGCAAUACGUGAUGUCGACAAUUGUGCCUAAGUUGGAUGUUCUGUCAUCUAGAGGUUGUUUACAGCUUGUUAGUCUGCUUUUUUUGUACCUUAAGCAGUGAAUAUAAAGUAAAAGCAUUGCAUACUGACAAGUAAACCACUUUAUUCGUUUACAAAAUACAUGAAUAAAAAGCUGUUUGGUUUUUUUUUAAUAGGCAUUUCCACUUGUGGUCUUUUCUCAGUGCAUUUUCUUGCGCUUCCGUCUCUCCAUGAACGGGUCGUGUUUGACCAGAGGAAGAACCAGAGAGGCGUAUUUGUUGUCAUCGCGCAGU